CCACGGCCACGGCUUCUUCGGGUGUUCCAGCUACUGCUUACGCCGCAAACGUCGCUUCCUCAUCCCCCACCACUCACUCCCCCUCAACCCAUAAAUAUGCUUUCGCCCGCCACCUCUUCUCUCCAUCAACCACAAAAAAUUUAGAGCCCUGUUUGUUUCCCGAGAAAAUAAAAAGAAAAAGUAAAACUCCGAACUCCAAUCUCCAAUCUCCAAUCCAAUCAAUGUUGAACGAGGAAUUCCGGUCUCAUUCGCCGACGUCGCCUCUCCACCAGAAGCGCCACCUCCGAUCAAUCUGCCUCUCGGGCUGCUUCUCCGGCAUGAGCACACACCCAUUCGACGUUCUCGACAACGACGCAGACUACUACCACAACAGCAACAACCAGAGGGCCCGGACGCCGCCGCCGAGGUCGCCUCUGCCGGAGAUCAAAGGCCGCUGCAUGCAACUCAUAUCAAAGAUCGGCGGCGGAGUUAGGUCCGGAAGAGUGCGCCGCCGCAACGCCUCCGCCGACUUUAGCUACGACCCCUCCAGCUACGCCCUCAACUUCGAGGAUGACGCCUGCAAGGCCGAUGACCAGCUUCUCAACGGAUUCUCGGCUCGGCUCUCGGCUUCCUCAAUCCCGACGACGCCGCACGAGAGGAAGAUAAACCGCAAUGCGCUCGACGACAUCUUGGAGAGCGAGGAGGAGUUGGCAGCUGCUGCGGCGGCUAACGAGAACAAUGCGAAGAGCCGGGCGAACGGUGGCGUGCCUCCGAGGAGGCGGGGGAGGAGCCGGCACUCGUCGUCUUCGGUCGACUUCAGCUACGAGCCGUCGAGCUACGCCAGGAAUUUCGAGGACGACGUGAACCGAGGCGAUGAGAUGAUAUCCCUCAGGAGGUUUGGUGGUUUGCUGGCGCAGCCGAAGCAGAGCUUGACGGUGACGACGCCUCCGCCUGCCAAGUGUUCGGCCUUGGGUCCGGAGAUUGCUGCGUUUAGUUAAAGACUAAGUGCGUUUUGAUAAAUUGCAAGUGUGUCGUCGUCAUAUUCUAGGGUUCUGCAACUGAAAUGAACGAUAAUAUUUUUCAGUUGAAUUCGAGAUUCCGUACGACGAGCGACGGUUGGGAUUUUUUGGUUCAGAGUCGAGAGAAAUGCGGGGGCGGGGGUACCGUGGCUGUUGCUUAUUGGGCUGGCCCAUUAGAGCAAAUAUCCGUUGACCAGCUUUGACAAAGAAAGAAGUAGAGACGCAAAUGAAGGAAAUAAUACGACAUAAAGCCCAUUUUACUUCAAAUUGUAAUCUGGCCUGAUGAGGCCGGCAACUCGUAUUGUUUUUUCCUUAUUAUUUAAUUAAAUAAUUUUAGGAGAGAAUCUCGUGACGUGAUUGAAA